CUUUGGUCAUGUCAAGGCGUCGCCCCGUGCCUUAUACGAGCUGCUCAAAGAGGGAGGGCCUGCGCUGGUCUUCCCUGGGGGCUCCAAAGAAACGUGCCGCCUCAAGGGUGAGAAGUAUCAGCUGCGGUGGGGCAUGGGCGAGGGCAGCAGAGGCAGCAGCGGCAGCAGCAGCAGUGGCGACGGUGGCAUGAUGCGCAUGGCAGCGAAGCUCAACGCCAUCAUUGUGCCCUUUGCCAUGGUCGGCGCUGACGACGCUUUUGACAUAGCAUUGGAUCGGAACGACCUGCUGGCGUCCCCUAUUGGAAAGCCCUUCCGCUCCUUGUAUGAGUCGCUCAGCCUCGACCCUGACACCGACAUCAGCCCGGUGACAACCGUACCUGGCACCAACUUUCCCAGCCUAAUUCCCCUUCCCAGUCGCCUGGAGAGAGUGUAUUUUUAUUUCGGCACACCCAUUGACUUCAAGAACCUUCAACCAUCUGCAAUAAAGCAUCAUGGGAUACUUGCAUGA